AAAGGAGCACAGUACAUUUCCUUUUCAUAUACGUCUCAGACAUUUACGGAAGCCUUCGUAUGGCAGAAAUGGCUUCUACCACAAGUCUAAUGACUGAUGAUAACUUCUGUUGCUCCAUCUGUCUGGAUGUGUUUACUAAACCUGUAUCAAUUCCUUGUGGGCACACCUUUUGUAAUAACUGUAUCGCAAAAACCUGGGAAACAGUUAAGACUUUAUAUGAGUGUCCACUAUGCAAAGAGACCUAUUACCCUAAGCCAAUGCUCCGGGUCAACAUUUUAAUCGCUGAGAUGGCAGAAACGUUUAAAAAGAAAGUGAAAAAGAAGGCAUCUUCACCCCUUAAAGAUGAAGGAAUUGAAAAAAUGCUAUGCAAUCUGUGCACAGAGCCAAAGUCCACUGCUGCAAAGUUCUGUUUAGUGUGCUUUAUGCCAUUCUGUGAAAAACACCUUGAACCCCAUCUAACAUUACCCGUCUUACAGAGACACAAACUCAUCCAGCCAGCUAAUAACCUGCUGAACAGGAUAUGCAAGAGUCACGGUGAACCUCUCGAGCUCUUUUGUUGCGUGGAUCAAAUGUUUCUUUGUUUGUCCUGCAAAACGCAAGACCAUAAAACACACAAAGUAGUUACUUUAGUAGAGGAAGCAAUGGUUAGAAAGAAAAAACUGGAGAAAGAAAGAAAAUGUGCUGAUCAAAUGAUAGAGGCACAUCAACAGAAAAUUCUUCACAUUCAAUGUUCACUGGAUGAAAGCAGGAAUAAUGCAGAUGAAGCACUUUCAUGCAAAGACCUUGUGGUGGCUACUCUUGUGCGUUACAUUCAGAGAAGUCAAACUGAGCUCACCGAGGUGAUCAAUACAAAGCUGCAAGGGAUUGAAAAAGAGGGGAAAGAUCUCAUUACAGAACUUGAUGCAGACAUUGUAAAACUUAAAGUGAAAAAUGAACACAUUUCUAAUGCUUUACUCUCAGAUGAUGACUUUACAAUUUUAGAGAACUCCCUCGCUGUUACAUUAUCUUCACCCACAGCAAAGGAUUGGUCUGAUCUGAAACUUAAAACUGACCAGUUUGCAAUUCAAGGAGCCAUGGCCAAGCUGCAGAUGUCAGUCACAAGUACAAUAAAUACACUGUGUGAUCCUACCUUUAGAGAAAAGCAGCAGUAUGCUGUAGAUGUGAUUUUUGAUCCUGACACAGCACACCCUUUAUUGAAUGUUUCUGAAGAUGGGAAGCAGGUUGCCACUGGAAACCAAAAGAAGAAUGUCAAAAACAAGCCAGAGAGGUUCGAUCAAGUCCUCAACAUUCUGGCAAAACAAGGUUUCUCCUCUGGAAAAUUCUACUACGAGGUUCAGGUGAAAGGUAAAACUCAGUGGGAUCUAGGAGUGGUGAGUGAGUCCAUCAACAGGAAAGGGGAUAUCAGAUUGAGCCCAAAGAACGGAUACUGGACCAUUUGGCUUAGGAAUGGAAACAAGCUCACAGCCAAUACUGGCCCUGCUGUAAACUUGGCAGUGAGACAGAUACCUGAAAAGGUUGGAGUUUUUGUAGACUUUGACCUGGGUGAAGUUACCUUUUAUGAUGUGGAUGCAAGGGCAGUCAUCUAUUCCUUCACUGAAAACAACUUUAGCAAAAGGCUCUUUCCAUUUUUCAGUCCCUGCGACAAUGACAGAGGUAAAAAUUCAGCUGCUUUGAUCAUCACUCCUGUCACAACCAACCACUGAAAGACUGUUUAAUUUGGGGAGGAACAUUCUAUCAGUUUACAAUACUAAAGCCAAUGUUUUCAUCACCAUAAUUCAUUAGCAGGACUCAUAAUGCUAUAAUUUGAUGCCAGUAUUUGAAGUAAUGUUUAUUUUUCCUGUUAAGACCUCAGAAAAUUAUUUGUAAUUAUAUAUUGCCUGGAAAAGGGGACAUUAUAGUUUAAUUUUGACAUAUUAGGAAAUAAAAUAAUUAAAAUCAAACAGCACAACAACAUAAAAAGAUAUCUAAUAUCUUUUGAUUAAUGUCAUUAACAUGGCCGAAAUGGGAAUUUGCUAUUAUGAGAAAUGGCUUCACAAACCUAUCAGAUACAAAAGUUGUAUUUGUUUUUAUUAGUAUUUUGUUAUAUAGCACUGUACUUAUUUAUAUCAUAGGAAAAAAAUUAACACAAGCUGUAGAUGCAGCUGCUAAUGAAAUGAAACUUGAUAACCCUUUUGGAUCACUGACAUGUGGGAGCAAGAUACAUUUCUAAUGUA